AUGCUGAUCCGCCAUUUUCCAACCACCCAUGACAGGUUAACAUUCCCAAGACCAGAAACACGUUCUUACAAGACUGGUAAGGCUUCGCUCUACGCCCAGGGUAAGAGACGUUACGACCGUAAGCAAUCCGGUUAUGGUGGUCAAACCAAGCCCGUUUUCCACAAGAAGGCAAAGACUACCAAGAAGAUUGUCCUUCGUCUUGAAUGCACUGCCUGCAAGUACAAGAUGCAACUCCCCAUCAAGCGUUGCAAGCACUUCGAGUUGGGUGGUGACAAGAAGACCAAGGGUGCUGCUCUCGUUUUCUAA